AUGUGUGUGGUGGAAAGGGGAACAGCAAGGCGCAUCCCGCACCCCAAGCCUAAGCCUGCGCGCACACCCUCCUGGCACGUCCGCCCGCCCUCUCCAUUCAGCAAACCCCAGCGCGCAGCCCCGCACCCGGCUGCUGGCUCUGCCCAGCCCCUUGCAGCUGGCGUGGGGGGUCCCCCCAAUCCGGGCGCACGGACCCGGCCAGGGCGCGUCCCCCCAACCCCCCGCAGCCAAGAAGCGUGCCCCGCGCUGGCUUUGGUCCCGGGGGGCUCGGGGUGGGAUGAGGAGCGGGAGGAGACGGAGGUGGAGCGAGGAAUAGAGAAGGAGGAGACAGUGGGGGACCCAGCCAGGCCGAGUGGGGCUCACCGUGGGAGACUGGAAGCUGGAAGAACCAGCUGCGCCCUGGACACGCGCGCUGGAGCUGCGACCCCCGCAUCGCGGGCCAUCCCACUGGAGGGAUCAGAACCCACGGAGGCCGGGAAGCAGCAGAUGUCUGCAGCGCGGGAGAAGGCCGACUCCACCCCUGGCCAGCAAGGAGUGGCAAGCAACCAGGGGUCCAACACGUGCUGCUUCUGCUGGUGCUGCUGCUGCAGCUGUUCCUGUCUCACUGUGAGGAACCCGGCGGAGCAGACACCCAGCAGAGCGUCCCAGGUCAGCGUAGAAGAGAAGCCAGCCUGUGAAGAAAGCUCGAGCCCAACGCUGGAGGAAGUGCGGGCCUGGGGCCAGUCCUUUGACCAGCUGAUGGUCACGCCGGCUGGCCGGAAUGCUUUCCGGGAAUUCCUGCGCACGGAAUUCAGCGAGGAAAACAUGCUCUUCUGGAUGGCCUGCGAGGAGCUGAAACAGGAGGCCAACGGGAGCACCGUUGAAGAGAAGGCGAGGACCAUCUACGACGACUACAUCUCGAUCCUCUCGCCUAAAGAGGUCAGCCUGGACUCCCGCGUGAGGGAGGUCAUCAACAGAGACAUGCUGGCCCCUUCCCAGCACGUCUUCGACGACGCCCAGCUCCAGAUCUACACGCUGAUGCACAGAGACUCGUACCCCCGCUUCACGAGCUCAGCGCUCUACAAGGACCUGCUCCGGGCCUUAUCCGAGAAGGCGGUGGAGGCCUAGGACAGCGGCCUCUUCAUCCGUGGUCAAGCCAUCGAGGCAGCAUCUGGGGGGCUCACUGUGGGGAGAUGGACUCAGGAAAUUUCUAGAGCAGAGGCUUCCUUCUGCAGUGGCUUUGGACAAAGGUAAUGGGGGUGGUGGGCUUCUGGCUGGCCUAGAGAAUUUGCAGAGCUGUGUGUCCUCAAGUGCAACUGUCCUGGCCACAUCUACUUACAGAGCACACGGGACAAGUCUAGUCUUGCGUCCGUCUAGUGCCUGGUCAUUAUCCUCCCAGGGACAGCCAGAGGUUUCUCGGCAAGUUUGUCCUGAACUUUUCCUUGAUCACUGCCAGCACUAGGCCCAUUUUAUGAUGUGACCUCUACUUGUGAAACCACCUGCCAGUGGCCUAGAAUAUAGGUUUGCAUACAUAUAGGUGUAGGAUUAGACAUGAGAGUGUUAAGUACUGCUGUCCAUGUAAAUGGAUCAGUAGCAAAUGUUUGGCAAGAGAAGCAGCAGUGCUUAAAAACGGUGUUGGGGC